AUGGUCGGCGAAUCACGCCAGGAGCUCUUGACCUGGUGCUCGGAGCUUCUGCAGCUCAACAUCACCAAGAUAGAGUCUUGCGGGACCGGUGCAACCUACUGCCAGAUAUUCGACUCGGUCUACCAGACCGUACCGCUCAACAAAGUCAAGUUCAACGCAAAGUCUGAAUACGAAUAUGUGGACAACUUCAAGAUCCUGCAAGCAGCUUUCAAGCGACACAAGAUUGACAAGCCUAUACCGGUUGAGCAAUUGAUGAAAUGCAAGAUGCAAGACAAUUUGGAGUUCAUGCAAUGGUACAAGCGAUGGUGGGAUCAGUUCUAUCCGGGAGGCGACUACGAUGCCGUCGCAAGACGGAAAGGCCAGCUCACAAACUCUGCUGCUCCGACGAUGAGCCACAACAGAACAGUCUCAUCUGCUUCUUCUGCUCACACGCGUGCAAGUGCGACUGCGCCCGCACCGGCGGCCGCUCGAGCAGUCGCACGACCAGGAGCAGCUAGCGCGCGUGCGCCCCUGACAACCGCGACGACGCGUGCACCCGCAGCUUCGACGGCGACGGUUGCUCAGACUGCACAACUCAAGCGAGACCUCGAAAACCUCACUGCAGAUUACACAGACCUGGACGAACGUCACACCGCACUGGAGAAAGAACGCGAUUUCUACUUUGAGAAACUGCAAGACAUCGAAUCGCUCGUGACCAACAGACUCGAAUCUGGCGUCGGGGAGAUCUCAGAGAGCGAACAAGGCAGCCUGGAAGCGAUACAGAAGAUCCUGUAUUCUACUGCGCCGGGAUUCGAACUGCCUGUAGAGGGACUGAGCGUGGAAGACGAUGGCGAUCCUCGCUUGCUCGAUGAAGACGAAGAAAAUCUCGAAGAGACGUACUAG